AAACGGCUAAACUAUAUGUGUCAUUUCCACGCCAUGAAUCCACUGCAGUACGACAUGUUCUCCCGGAGCGGCCCGGCCUCUGCCAGGCCCAGGUGUCUAACACAAAAGGUGUGAGGUCGCUAUGGGGAAGGAGGAGAGUCGGGAUGUAACAGCGUCCGCAGAGGCACUCGGUGAUGAAGAGGAAGACAGAGGCACGUGGGGUAACCAGUGUGAAUUUUUCCUCUCAUGUCUCGGGUACGCCGUCGGAUUCGGCAACGUGUGGAGAUUCCCCUACUUGGCCUAUAAGAAUGGCGGAGCGGCAUUCCUCAUCCCGUAUGCCAUCAUGCUACUAUGCGCAGGCCUGCCGCUCUUCUUUAUGGAGCUCGCCUUGGGCCAGUACGCGAGUUUAGGCCCCAACAUCCUCUUCCCUAAGCUAGCGCCGAUCUUCUCAGGGCUGGGAUGGGCUAUGAUCAUGGUGUCUGCUCUGGUAGCCGUUUACUACAACAUCAUUCUGGCGUGGACGCUCUUCUAUACCUUCGCCUCCUUCACGAGUGAGCUGCCCUGGGGACACUGCAACAACCAAUUUAACACGGAUUUUUGCUACACUGAGGAUAAAGCAAUGGAGUGCAAGAACCAGUCACUGUAUUACUUUAACAACUCAUGUGUCGGAGUUGCAGAAUACUGUGGUCUUGUCAAACUCUCCACCUUCAAUGAGACUCACUGCCUGAAUUCUUCUGACACGACGGAAAGCGCAAUUAAAUCUGCUGAUGGCGCCGUAGGGAAGAUCACCGCCAGCGAGGAUUACUUUAGGAACCGCAUGUUAGGUGUCACAGGCAGGACAUGGGAGGACAUGGGCAACAUGCAGUGGGAACUGGUGGGUUGCCUGGCGCUGGCAUGGCUCAUCGUCUACGCCUGUAUGGUGAAGGGUGUCAAGAGCUCCGGCAAGGUCGUCUACUUCACCGCCCUGUUUCCUUACGUCGUCCUCAUCAUUCUCUUCGGCAGGGGUGUUACACUGCCGGGGGCCUACGAAGGGAUCAAAUUUUAUUUCCUUCAGCCUGACUGGUCUCGCCUCCAGACUAUUGAAGUAUGGAACGAUGCCGCCACUCAAAUCUUUUACUCUCUCGGAUCCUCUUUCGGCGGCCUAAUCACUCUGGCCUCCUACAACAAAUUCAAGAAUAACUGCAUGAGAGACGCCAUCGUCAUCGCUAUUUCCAACUGCUCGACGUCGGUGUUCGCGGGCUUCGUCAUCUUCAGCAUCCUGGGCUUCCUCGCUAACGAGCUCGGCGUUGGUGUUGCGGACGUGGUAUCGUCGGGCUCAGGGCUGGCCUUCGUUGUGUACCCUGCCGCCGUGACGCGAAUGCCUGUGGCGCCUCUCUGGUCUCUUCUCUUCUUCACCAUGCUCAUCACCCUUGGUCUUGAUUCCCAGUUCACGAUGGUGGAGACACUUAGCACGGCGUUGUUCGACCAGUUCCAAUCACUGAGAUCAAGAAAGCCACUGGUUGUUGGAAUCCUGUGCUUUGUGUUGUUCCUCUGUGGCCUCACCAUGUGUCUAGAGGGUGGCAUAUAUAUGUUUGAGCUCUUCAAUUGGUACUCCGCUGGAAUAUCCGUCCUUAUUCUCGCUAUAACCGAAAUCAUCCUCAUACAGUAUAUUUAUGGCUUUAAGAACUUCAUGAGAAAUAUUCGUGAGGAAAUGGGUAUAUACAUGCCCAUGCCAUUAUAUAUCUACUGGACGGCUACGUGGCUCGUCAUCACACCAGUCCUUCUCGUCGUCAUUCUCAUCCUAUCAUGCUACUUCUUCGUGCCGGCAUACUUCGGCACAUACACCUACCCAGACAACAUUCAAUUGCUGGGUUGGUUCAUCUGUGGCUGCUCCGUCGCAAUUAUUCCUCUGGGUGCCUUGUACGCCUUCUUCAAGGGCAACAAGAGGGGUGUAGAGCUCCUUAGGACUUCUCCGGACUACUGUCCUUCCCACAUUAGGAAGCUCAGGCAAAAAGAGAACGUUGCCACAAAGGGCCAGCCCGUUGGGGUCUUCAGAUACACGUACGACAAUGACGGUUUCCAAGAGCCCAGCGCCAAGGUGUAUCCGCAGCUGCCUAAGGAAACUCCACCUCCAUAUUCCAACCACAUAUGAGGCACUCACCUUCCCAAUGGGUGCUACCAUUACCCAUAUCAACGGCUCGUCCGUCAACUCAACAGAACAUUCACAAGCUUAUACAAUACCAAUUGUAAAGCUGUGUUUUAAUCAAUAUGAACUUUUAUCUCAUAUUUUAUUUUUUUAACUUUUGAUGCUAGGUAGUAUGUUUUGGCGAUAUUUUAUAAUAUUUUAUUGUCGUAGCUAUGCCCUAGUGUGCUAGGGUCUUACAGUAUUAACCCAACUUUUUAAUUUACUGAAAGUAUGCCAUUAGCUGUAUUUAUCUCCUCAGCGUUCACUGGCCACUGUGUGAAACAGACCAGAUUAUAGGCUAUUUUUGAGAAUAUUUUUUUUAUCACAAAUAAUUUACUUAUGUUCCCUGCAAGGCUGUCCUUUUGCCUUAGGUAAAUGAAACUGUCCAAGACCGCAUUUGAAAAGGUGGACUUGUAACUGCAGUUUUCUCGGCACAUUAUUCACUGCGCUUGCACGACCUGGGCCCCUAGCUGGGUCUAAUGAACAACCUGCAGAGACAAGAAAAAUGUCAGUAACGUGAAAGUAUAACGAACUUUUAAUUUAGUGUCUUUAUUCCCCAUAAAUUCAAUAGGAACAAAACUUUGCUCAAUAUUGGAUCAGCGAGUUAGCUCUUUGAACAACUCUAGAUCGGUUGUUGUUUGUUUCCACAGACUCCUUUUGUGUGUCACGGAGGCUCCCGCACAAGUCGGGGCAUAAGGUUUGUCCGACAGUGAUGAAUACUGUUGUGGCGACAAUGUUUCCGCAAUACAUUAAAGAGUUACGCUACACCCUUGCCAAUAAUGUUAUUUGUUAUAUAUCAUGUGUAACUACGUACUUUUUAAAUGGAAUCAUCACUAAUUGGCUGGUGAAAAUAAUGAUAGGUAUAUUGAUCUGAGAGCUAAAUUCUAGAAAAAAAAAACUGUACAACAGUAAUAUGAGAAUAUUUUAUGUAAUAAAUAACACCGUGGAAAAAAA